AUCGUCAAUCGGAAUUGCGCUCUCCUCUCUGUUAGUUGCUUUCAGCAAUCUCAGUUCAGCAUGGAUAACACAAAUAAAGAAAAAUCGGAUGGCUUUGUCAACGGUGAUGCGGUACCCAGCGAAGAGAUCAAAUCACCAUUCCUUAUUGGAGUUGCCGGUGGUACGGCCAGUGGCAAAUCAACAGUAUGCAAGAAAAUAAUGGAACAGCUCGGGCAGGCCGAAAUGGAUCACACGCAGCGGCAGGUGGUGUCCAUUAGCCAGGACAGUUUCUAUCGUGAGCUAACGCCAGCCGAAAAGCUAAAAGCGCAAAAGAGCAAAUUCAACUUUGAUCAUCCAGAUGCCUUCAACGAGGAGCUCAUGUACGAGACGCUGCAAAGCAUUCUGAAAGGUCACAAAGUCAAAAUACCCAGCUACGAUUACCGUACCAAUUCGCUUGACUUUGAGAACAUGCUGGUCAUCUAUCCUGCAGAUGUGGUGCUUUUUGAGGGCAUCUUGGUAUUUUAUUUUCCCAAAAUACGUGAUCUAUUUCACAUGAAGCUUUUCGUGGAUACUGAUUCGGAUACGCGGCUUGCUCGAAGAGUUCCACGUGACAUCAAUGAGCGUGGCAGGGAUCUGGACGCUGUGCUCACCCAGUACAUGACGUUUGUGAAGCCAGCCUUCGAGGAAUUUUGCUCGCCGACUAAGAAAUUUGCUGACGUCAUCAUUCCACGCGGGGCGGACAAUACAGUUGCCAUUGAUCUCAUUGUACACCAUAUCGGAGAAAUUCUCGCGGCCACCAACAUCGCACAGCACAACAACACAGUUCGAACUGCGGCCUCCAGCAUGAAGCGCGAUCACUAAAAAAAUUCCUCAAUAUAUAUAUAUAUAUAAAUAUUCUGUUUUUAAUUCUUAAGAAAACAAAGCAAAACAUAAUAUUUGUGUUCCUAACCAAAUGUGUUGAGCUUUCUCUAACCGCAAGUGAUUACAUGUGGAGUGCAGGUCUCAAGGCAGAGUUAAUGCCCCGCUUUCAUUCGCAUUUUGGUCCCAAUCACACUUAACCAAGUAAUUUAACAUUAAGAUAUUAAAAAGUGUAAGCUUAUCAU